AUGACACCACUGAAGAACUUGACAGAAGUGACAUACUUUCUCCUGCUGGGACUCACUGAUGAUCCAGGCCUGCAACUUCCCCUCUUUAUUACCUUCUUCCUCAUCUACAUCAUCACCCUGGUAGGGAACAUGGGAAUGAUCCUGCUGAUUCUCUUGGACUCUCGCCUCCAUACUCCCAUGUACUUUUUUCUUGGUAACUUAUCCCUGGUGGAUAUUUUUUACUCUUCAGCUAUUACCCCGAAAAUCAUGGCUGGGCUCUUAAUAGGAGACAAAGUCAUUUCUUACAAUGACUGUGCUGUUCAGAUGUUCUUUUUUGCAGCCUUUAUUACUGUUGAAAAUUACCUGUUGGCCUCAAUGGCCUAUGAUCGCUAUGUGGCAGUGUGUAAACCCCUACACUAUGCAACCACCAUGACUCCAAGUGUAUGUAUGUGUCUGAUCAUGGGCUGCUAUGUUCUUGGUUUCUUGAAUGUCUCAGUUUACCUUGUGGAUACAUUUAGUCUUUCUUUAUGUAAGUCUAAUGUGGUCCAUCAUUUUUUCUGUGAUAUACCAGCAAUCAUGGCUCUAUCUUGCUCUGAUAGACAUGUCAAUGAACUGGUACUUAUUUAUCUAGCCAGUUUCAACAUCUUCUUUGCUCUCAUAAUAAUCUUAGUAUCAUACAUUAUAAUUUUUAUCACAAUCUUAAAGAUGCACUCAGUAGCAGGACAUCAGAAGGCUAUUUCUACAUGUGCUUCCCACUUUACUGCUGUUUUUAUUUUCUAUGGAACAACAAUCUUCAUGUAUUUGCAACCAAGCUCUAGUCAUGCAAUGGACACAGACAAAAUUGUGUCUGUCUUCUACACUAUGGUCAUUCCCAUGCUGAACCCUUUAGUUUACAGCCUGAGAAACAAAGAGGUAAAGAGUGCAUUCACAAAAGUGGUUCUAAAAGAAAAAUUAUUGUUAUGA